AUGUCUGCAUCUGACUUCGGCCGCUUCCUCCACAGCCAACUGUUCGUGAAACUCCCGUCGCCCACCGAGUCAUACGCCGGCAAGACGGUCAUCGUAACGGGCAGCAGCUCGGGUCUAGGCAAGGAAGCCGCCCGUCACUAUGCCCGUCUUGGCGUUGGUAAGCUUGUGCUCGCAGUCCGGAACCUUGAAAAAGGUGCCGCGGUCAAAGACGAUAUCGAGACCACAACUCAAUGCGCCAAGGGUGUCAUCGAGGUGUGGAAGCUCGACAUGGCAAGCUAUGAAAGCGUCAAGAACUUUGCGAACAAGGUAAAUGACGAACUGGAGCACCUUGACAUCGUCAUCGCCAACGCCGGCCUCAAUCCCACUAAAUACGUCUUGGUCGAAGAGGAUGACUCGGCUAUCACGGUCAACCUCGUUUCGACUUUUCUAUUGAUGGGACUUCUCCUUCCUAAGCUUAAGGCAACCGCCGCCAAAACUGGGACGCGACCGACGUUCACGAUCGUUUCGUCCGAGGCUCACCGUACAAUCAAGUUCGAUCUCGCAUCAGUGCCAGAGGGCAAGAUCUUCUCGACCUUGAACAACAAGGAAAGGGUAGACAAGGAUGGCCAGGACCAGUACGGUAUCUCGAAGCUCAUGCAAAUAAUUACGGUGAAUCCGGGAUUGUGUCACUCUGAGAUGACCGAUAGCCUGGACUCGCGAGGCUUUCGAAUGAUGAUUGCCAUUCUUGCCAGGUCCACGGAAGAGGGAAGCAGAGCACUAGUUCAUGCCGGUGCCCAGGGGGCCGAAUCGCACGGGAAAUAUCUCAGCGAAUGCAAGGUGAAGGACCCGUCUUCAUUUCUUCUCACCGAACAGGGAAUGCUUGUUCAGGGGCGGGUUUGGGUGGAGCUAGAGAGGAAGCUAGAAGGGAUUUGGCCCGGAAUUAGGAACAACUUCUAG